CCACUCAAAAUGGCUGAAACUUCUGAUUGGCUAUUUGGCUAAACGGCUGAGCAGUGUUUGAGAAACCACGGCUUCAUUCAGUUACCCGUUUCGUUUGUAGUGAGAUCUCAAAUUUAAAUUUUGUUGUUGAUAUUUGCUGUUUACCAUUUUUACAACUGUUUUGCCUGGUUACUUAUUGAAUGUACCUGAAACUCUAGUACAAAACUGGUCGGUUCACCAACUUGAUAUAACCUAUAAAAUAAUAUUCUAUAUUUACCGCGUUUGUUUAUUAUUAGGUUAUUUUAGAAAUUAUGGCUUCCUUACGCCAGUUGACUGUUCAUUUGAAAAAUCACGGAAAUUUGCCAAGUAUACUGCCGAGGAGUUUAUUAUACAAUAAUGGAGCAGAUAGAUCCUUCUUCACUUAUUCUUCGGAAAUUGCCAAUCCAGUCAAAAACGAACCAAAGUAUGUGACUCCAGAAGAGGCUGUGAAAUGUAUCAAAUCAUGUGACACAGUGUUCGUGAGUGGCGCGGCGUCGACUCCUGUGCCCCUCGUGCAAGCUAUGACCGAGCACGGCAAGGCCGACCAGCUGAGUGGUGUCACCGUGUGCCAUAUGCACACCGAGGGUCCGGCGCCAUACACUGAUGAGGACUGUCAAGGAAUCUUUCGUUCGUUGUCGUUCUUCAUGGCGGCCAAUGUGCGGAAAGGAGUGGCCGAGGGGAGAUCGGACUGUGUGCCCAUAUUCCUUAGCGAAAUUCCCAAACUCUUCCACAGAAAGAUUGUUCAGCCAGAUGUGGCUAUGAUUCAGGUUUCUCCACCUGAUGCACAGGGCUACUGUUCGCUGGGAACAAGUGUCGAUUGUGUACGGGCCGCGCUCACCUACAGCAAAACUAUCAUUGCGCAAAUCAACCGCAACAUGCCGCGGACGUUCGGCGACGCAGUGAUUCACAAGUCGCACUUUGACUUUGCCUGCGAACUGGAUCGGCCCCUCCCCGACCACCCCUCCCCGGCCCUCACCGACGACAUGCGUCGACUCGGCAAGCACAUCGCUGAGAACCUGGUCGAUGAUGGAGCCACCCUGCAAAUGGGUAUCGGCGCCAUCCCAGAUGCAGUGCUGGAGCUCCUUGGCGGGCACAAGGACCUCGGCAUCCACUCGGAGAUGUUCGCCAACGGGGUGGUCGAGUUGGUGGAGCGAGGGGUCAUCACCAAUGCCAAGAAAGCGGUCGGCAAGGGUCGCAUUGUCACCAGCUUCCUCAUCGGCAACAAGCGGCUCUACGACUUUGUCAACGACAAUCCUUUUGUCGAAAUGCGUGAAGUGGACUACACGAAUAGUACAUUUGUGAUUGCGCAGAUGCCAAAGAUGACAGCCAUCAACUCUUGUAUUGAGGUCGAUCUCACUGGUCAGGUGGUGUCGGACUCCAUCGGGCCCAGGAUGUUCUCAGGUUUCGGAGGUCAGGUGGACUUUAUCCGUGGCGCGUCGGAAGCACUGGACGGAAAGGGCAAACCCAUCAUUGCAAUGACAUCAACCAAUCCCAAGACAGGCGACAGCAAAAUUGUUCCGUUCAUCAAGGAAGGCGCAGGCGUGGUGACGUCACGCGCGCAUGUUCACUACGUUGUGACCGAGCAGGGAAUCGCGUCGCUGUUCGGAAAGAGCUUACGUCAGCGCGCCUAUCACCUGAUUGAGAUCGCGCACCCCACACACCGCGAGGCGCUCGAGAAGGCCGCCUUUAAACGGCUCAAGUGCAUGCCGGCGCCCUAAACUUGCCCAAUGUGCACUAUUCAACUCAAGUGCAUGUCGGCGCCCUGAACUUUCCCAAUGUGCACUAUCUAACUUUCAACUCAAGUGCAUUCCGGCGCCCUGAACUUGCCCAAUGUGCACUAUUCAACUUUGAAGUUUUGUAUCAAAUUAUGGUGUUGUGUAUCAAGUUCAGAUGAUACUGUAUCA